AUGGAUCGGUAUGAGAAGCUCAGUCGACUGGGCGAGGGUUCCUAUGGAGUUGUUUACAAAUGUCGAGACCGAGAAACAGGAGCCCUGGUUGCAGUUAAGAGAUUUGUUGAGUCUGAGGAUGAUCCGGCCAUACGUAAAAUAGCACUGCGAGAGAUAAGGCUGCUCAAGAACCUCAAGCACCCGAAUUUGGUAUCCCUGCUAGAGGUCUUUCGACGCAAACGACGCCUGCAUCUGGUCUUUGAGUUCUGUGAGCUGACGGUGCUGCACGAACUGGAGCGACAUCCCCAGGGCUGUCCGGAGCCACUGACCAAGCAGAUCUGCUAUCAGACGCUACUGGGCGUGGCCUACUGCCACAAACAGGGUUGUCUGCACCGGGACAUUAAGCCGGAGAACAUUCUGCUCACAGCACAGGGUCAGGUAAAACUGUGCGACUUUGGAUUUGCACGUAUGCUCAGUCCAGGGGAGAACUACACAGAUUACGUGGCGACACGCUGGUACCGAGCACCCGAGCUGCUCGUGGGUGACACACAGUACGGCACACCUGUGGAUGUCUGGGCCAUUGGCUGCCUCUUUGCGGAGUUGGUGCGGGGCGAGGCGUUGUGGCCGGGACGGAGUGAUGUGGAUCAGCUGUAUCUGAUACGGAAAACUCUAGGAGAUUUGAUGCCAAGGCACAUACAAAUCUUUGGGCAAAACGAGUACUUCAAGGGCAUAACGCUGCCAGUGCCGCCAACGCUUGAGCCGCUCGAGGAUAAGAUGCCAGCGAAAGCGCUGCAAAAUCCACUAACCAUCGACGUGCUGAAGAAGUGCCUCGACAAGGAUCCAGCCAAGCGUUGGUCCUGCGACAAGCUCAUCAAGCACUCGUACUUCGAUGACUACAUAGCCAAACAGCGCGAGCAGGAGCACAUCAACAGCCUCGAGGCAGCCACACUGCGGCAACAACAAUUGGCCUCCCAGCAAUUUAUGCUUGCCACAGCCGCCCAGCAGUUGCAAACGGGCGCGGCACAAGCAGCUGCCAUUGCCGCGGCUCGUGAUAAAUCAAAGACUUCAAACACCUCGUUGCCGCUGCUGCCGAGCAACCAGCAUCAUCAUCAUCAUCCGGGUCAUCAUCAGGAUUAUGUGAAGCUGCAGCCGCUGAAUAAGAAUGCAGCGAUGCUGCAUCGCACCGAGCAUCAUCUGCCCACCAUUUGAGAGGCGUCUCCAUCUUCUUUCGACUGCACUCAAUUCAAAUAUUUACUUUCAUUCUCGGGGUUGGGUUACAUAUAUAUUCCGUUUGGUAUUCUAACUAAAGCUAAGUACUUGAUAAAUGUAUGAAAAUAUUAAAG